GCACCGGAGACGCAGCUUUCUGAGACUCUCUCUGAGCUUUCUGAUACAACUGCUGCUGCUGCUGCUGCUAUUAUUUAUAAACGACCAGUAUGUCUACCUCCCGUACAAUCAUAUGUUUACUGAGAAAUGACCUGCGACUCCACGACAAUGAGCUUUUCCACUGGGCUCAAAGAAAUGCAGAGCACAUAGUCCCGCUGUACUGCUUCGACCCCAGACAUUAUAUGGGAACCUACAACUACAACCUACCAAAGACGGGACCUUUCCGCCUGCGCUUCUUACUGGACAGUGUCAGAGAUCUCAAAAACACACUGCUCAACAAGGGCAGCAACCUCGUGGUGAGACGGGGUAAACCAGAGGACGUUGUUGCAGACCUCAUCAAGCAGUUAGGCUCUGUUAGCACUGUAGCUUUCCAGGAAGAGAUAACUUCAGAGGAGCUUAAUGUGGAGAAAAAAGUGAAGGAUGUCUGUGCACAGAUGAAGGUCAAAGUUCACACCUGCUGGGGGUCGACACUAUACCACAGAGAUGAUCUCCCAUUUCAUCACAUGUCAAGGCUGCCUGAUGUGUACACUCAGUUCAGGAAGGCAGUGGAGACCCAGAGCAGAGUACGGCCUGAGUUCCCAACCCCUGAGCAGCUAAAGCCUCUCCCUUCAGGGCUUGAUGAAGGAGCUAUUCCUACUGCAGAGGACCUGCAACAGACAGACCCUGUGGCUGAUCCUCGCUCAGCCUUUCCCUGCACUGGUGGAGAAAGUCAGGCUUUGGGCAGACUUAAACACUAUUUCUGGGAUACGGAUGCAGUUGCAACCUACAAGGAGACACGUAAUGGCUUGAUCGGUGUGAACUAUUCCACUAAAUUUGCACCUUGGUUGGCAAUGGGUUGCAUUUCACCCAGGUAUAUUUAUCAUCAGAUCCAGCAGUACGAGAGGGAGCGGACAGCUAAUCAAAGCACAUAUUGGGUUAUUUUUGAACUUUUGUGGAGGGAUUACUUCAAGUUUGUGGCUGUCAAAUAUGGCAACAGACUGUUUCAGCUCAAAGGACUUCAAGACAAGUCUGUUCCGUGGAAAAAGGACAUGAAGCUUUUCAAUGCAUGGAAAGAGGGACGCACAGGAGUGCCCUUUGUGGAUGCCAACAUGAGAGAGUUGGCAAUGACAGGCUUCAUGUCCAACAGGGGGCGUCAAAAUGUUGCCAGCUUCCUCACCAAGGACCUGGGCCUGGACUGGAGGAUGGGAGCUGAGUGGUUUGAGUACCUUCUGGUUGACCACGAUGUCUGCAGCAACUAUGGCAACUGGCUGUAUAGCGCCGGCAUAGGAAAUGACCCAAGAGAGAACAGGAAGUUCAACAUGAUCAAGCAAGGCCUCGACUAUGAUAAUAAUGGUGACUAUGUGCGACAGUGGAUUCCUGAGCUGCAGAAAAUCAGGGGAGCUGAUGUUCACACACCUUGGACCCUCAGCUCUGCUGCGUUGUCACAUUCACACGUGUCCCUCGGUGAGACUUACCCCACGCCCAUCGUCAUAGCACCUGAAUGGAGCAGACACGUUAACAAGAAACCGAGUGGUUCAGGACCUUCACCAAGAGGGAAAAAAGGGCCAUCUCACACUCCUAAACAACAUCGGGACAGAGGCAUAGAUUUCUAUUUCUCCAAGAGCAAAAACCUGUAAUCUAUGUCAAAACAAAUAGGAUGGAGGAUGGAAGCUCCGAUGACUCAAACGUGGACUGUUCCUGUAAUUUCUAUGUUGACACUAAUGUGUCAGUCGAGGGAAGUUGUCUGAUGAUGAGGAAACUGAGGAAAUGCACGUUCCUACUUUGGCUUGAAUACUUGAACUUGAUUGAUGUGCAACUAGUUCUCUAGAAAAAUAGGUCUCAUGAUGUCCACUUCCUGUUGUG